UUUAUUCACCAUUUUGAGUAGCUGAAGGUAAAAAAAUUAAGAAUAUUUGCGUUUGGAGGACAAGUCGCUGUCGUACUUUUAUUUUCACUCGCUAGCUCGGACGGUGGAGUUGUGCGUCAACCUCGCUCCCCUCAGUGUUUUGCAGAGCGGGAAUCUAUAUUUCUUUUUUUUCCCUGUGCUUUUUUCUUCUCCCCCCUUUCUUACAUCCUUAACCUCUACAGUAUUCCUGCAAAAUGUCAAGACCAGUGAGGAACAGGAAAGUAGUGAACUACUCACAAUUCAACGAGUCUGACGAUGCAGAUGAGGAGUAUGGUGACGAUAAGCCGAAGAAGGUGCGCACAGCCCCUCGUGAGCCGAAGCAUAAGCGCUCAAAGAACUCGCAGGAUGACAGUGAGGACUCUGAUGAUAAGCUUUCCAAAUCCAAAAAUGAUUCAGCAGAUGACUUUGGCAGCGAUGAUGAAGACAACGAAUUUGGAGAGGAGGAGGAUGAAGAUGGGGGAAGCGACUAUGAAGAAAAAAGAGGGAAAAAGGGAAAGAAAGCCAAGGUGGAGAAGCCCAGCAAGAGGGGGCCAAAGAGAAAACGGGCUGCAGAUGACAGUGAUGACGACAGGGAAGUGAGUCGAAAGCGUACAGUGCGCCAGGCAGCCUCCAAGGCUGUGUCCAAACAGAGGGAGAUCCUGCUGGGCGACGGCGGCAGCGAGGACGAGGAGCAUGAAGACCAAGAGGAAUCCUACCUGGACCCCGACGAGUCCGGCAGUGAUGAGGACUUCAUGGUGGAGGACGAUGAUGACAGCGACUAUGGUCACUCCAAGAAGAGAAGCAAGAAGGUGAUUCGACGGGGACGGACGGACAAGAAAGAGAAGAAAAGCCCCAAACCCCGACUAAAGGCUACAGUGACCCCCAGCCCAAUGAAAGGAAAGGGGAAGGGGCGCCCUAGCGCCAAGGCCCUGGAGAAGAGCUCACCCAAAGAGGAGGAGGAGGAGGACCCUGAGAGUCCCCUGGAGGAGGAAGAGGAGGAGGCUGAGAAGAAAGAGACCUCCCCUGCCCCCAAGACGACGAAGGAGGCCGCAGGAGCAGAGGAGGAGGAAGAGGACGAAGAGGAGGAGGACGGAUCAGAAGAGGAGGCACCCUCUGGAGAAGACUAGAAGAUGGUACCCGUUUGAAGCCCAUCCUCCAUGUCUCUCUCUCUGUCUCUUCUCUGUUUUUGUUUUCUUUUGUUGCUCUGCGUUUAGAGUUUUUUUUUUU